UCUGGCAAACAGUAAGAUAUCGGCCGGAACCUGAUCAGUCGCGUUAACCGCAUCCCCUCACCCCGCCUCUUGAAACGAAUUCCUGUACCAUACCUUCACAGAUCACAAGUGUGCGACAUGUUCUUCCUCAAAGAAGAGAUCAAGGUGAUUACCUUGCACCCGUCCUACUUUGGACCCAACAUGCGCGAAUACCUCAUCAACCGGUUAAACGAGGAGGAGGAAGGACGUUGUACGGGUGACCAUUUCGUGAUCUGUGUGAUGGACAUGGUAGACAUUGGUGAAGGACGAGUGCUUCCAGGAAGCGGGCAAGCAGAAUAUACCAUCAAGUACCGGGCAAUUAUCUGGAAGCCCUUCCGCGGAGAGACCGUCGACGCGAUUGUGACCUCUGUCAAGCCUACUGGAAUCUUUACUUUGGCCGGCCCAUUGUCUGUUUUCAUUGCACGGAAAAACAUUCCUUCCGAUAUCAAGUGGGAGCCCAACACGGUACCACCGCAGUACACGGAUCAUGCAGACCAAGUCAUCGAGAAAGGCACCAGUCUACGGCUCAAGAUCCUUGGUGUGAAGCCCGACGUUGCGGCGAUCAAUGCCAUUGGAACAAUCAAGGAAGACUACCUCGGACCAUUGUAAUGCGAUGCGAUGAGCCACCAAUCUCCACCAUCUACCCUAAUGACUGAUACCGCUUGACCGAGAGGACCGUUGACACCUUUCCUUACUACUGAACUCAUACAAAGACGACCAUGUUGAAAGGUAUCUGCCUCGUAAGGAGAUGCGCCCAUGGGGGAGAAUGAUGAGAGCGCGCCCAAAGCCGAGUCUUGG